CACAGAGAUGGAGAAACGCUGUGCUAACUGGACCCUUCUCCUGGUGCUGUGUGGCCUCCUGCCACUGACCCCUCAGGCUGGCAGGACGAUGCCAAAACUCUCGGACAAGAAGCUAUGUGCCGAUUCAGAGUGUAGCCAUCCCAUUCUCAUUGCUAGAGCUCUGCAGGAUUAUUACCCGCAAGACUGUCGCUUCAUUCACAUCCAUCAAGGCCAAUCUGUCUAUGUGUAUGCCAUGCUGAAAGACCGUGGGAACCUCUUUUGGGCUGGCAGUGUUCAAGGGUCAUAUUAUGGAGACCAGGAAGCUCGUCUGGGAUAUUUCCCCAGCAGUGUUGUUGAAGAGACACAUGCGUUAAUGCCUGCAGAGGUUGAGGUCAAGACCGAUAAAUGGGACUUUUACUGCUAUUAGGAUUGUCUUGGCUGGAACAUGAACAUGACCGAUUUGUGAUUACACUCUGCACUCUAGUAUGUCGUUUAUUAUUUCUAGUAAGCAAGGAUUAUUUGCUAUUCAGAAGAGGAGAACAUAUAGAACCUGACUGUAGACUGUAAAGGCUUUUUGAUGCAAUAAAACUGAGCUGCUGCUA